AGUGUUUUUGCCAUGGGAAAAUUCCCUAGUACCACAUUGUUUAUGAAAAUGUGUUUUCGCUAGUGUCUAAUAUCGAGGUUCUAUGAUGAACCGUAUUUACACAUACUUUGUUACCUCGGCGCCCGGAGGGGCCACCCGGAACGCUCUGCGAUGCAAGCUUGCAGAGAAUUCAGAUAGGGACUACUUGGUGUGUCUCAAGAAGUCAAGUAUAGACGUCUACUCGCUGGAGCAGAUUGGCGCUGACGAUGGCGACUGCCGGGAUUCCAAUGCGCCAGUACUUACUGCUACUGUCGAAGGGCACACUAUCCUGGUCGAUAUACUAGAGUUCAGGCCUCCUGGAGCUACUCAGAGCCAUUUGCUAGUGCUUACCUCGAAUUUCCUGCUGAUUCUACUAACCUUUGAUGCGAAGCACUCUCGCUUUGUCUCUAGGCCGUUAGUUUCACUGCAAGAGCCUGGAGCGCCGAAUAUUGAAUCCGAGGUUAUACUCCGCGUUGAUCCUGAAUACUAUCUUAUAUUUUUUCACGGCCAGAAGAAGACUAUAAAGUGCGUGAUACUUGAUCGUUACGAUUAUUUUAACAUAAACUAUGUAGUCACUAUGCGCACUGGCCAGACUAUGUUCCAUGAUAUAGCCUUUUACGACAUUUGUGAGAAGACUGCUGGCCCAAGCUCCCAUAAGAGUUCGUCAACUGUCCAGCGUGCAAUGAAUGUAGCCGCUCUUUCAGCACCUUGUCGAACUGACAUACACCAGGGAAAGUACGUCCUUGAGUGUAAGAUGCUACUGCUGGCUUCCAGUGGUAUCACUGAUGAUUCCAGCGACUCGGAACGCAGUGACCUGUGCUACUGCGGAUUAAGGCUGUUUUUCGAGAUUGAGCGAUUUGACGGCCGGCGCCACUUUACCUCAUAUGGGUGCCUGCCAUUAUUCCCCGAAGUCGUAGUUUUGCCACGGCACCUCACCAAGUUCAUGCCUCUGAAGCUUAAUCCCGGUCCCAGGCACAGUGACAGUUUAAUGUUACUAGGUUCCCAGGGACUGGGAUUUGUAUCAUUCCGUGACCCUAAGAACGUGAGGCAGUUCCAUGUUGAUAUAUCGGUAGGUCACAUAAGCUGCUACUGUAGCGUGGUUGACAACUGGCGGUAUAUUAUCGGUGACGACACGGGUGCCUUGUACCUACUGGAGCUCAUAGGCUCCAGCAUGUCAGUCAGCAGCGCCUUAAAGCGCAGAGCCGGUGCGUCGCAGUCAUCAGCACCGACGUCCAAGGCAGUGGCGGCAACCACUUGCAACGGGAUAGUGGACAUUGUGACCACGAAACUCGGUGUCUACUCGCCACCCUCGGCCCUGGUCAUGCUUAAUCCUAACCUGGUGUACAUAGCUGCAACGGUAGGUAAUUGCAGAACUGUCCGCUUGUCGGGGAUUGACGAUCGACAUGGCAUUGGUAUGCAGCUGACCCCAAUGGACUGUGAUAACCCAAGACGCGUGGAUGCGAUAGACGAUAGUUCCAGGAUACUGUCUAUCAAUGAUGCAACUACCCAAGACAGAUUACAGGCUAACGACGCAUGUAGUGAUCCCACGGAGGAAGAAUACCAUACCAUGGACGAGGCUGAUGAUGAAGGGUUCCAGGACCCAUGGUCGCCGAAGACAUGGGAAACCUGGAAGCAAACUAACCUUGGACCUAUAGUGGACUUUACAUUUGGUCCACAGAGUGAUAGCGGCGCAAUACCCAUACUGGCAUGUUGUGGAUACGGUGCCGAAGGACGCGUUUGCAGUAUAACCAACGGUGUCGCUAUAGAUGUAAUGGCAUCGAGCCCGGCAAGUGGCGUUUUGUACACUACGGCGCUACCGCUGUUUAAUGAAGCGAAUAACAACUUUAUGAUAUGUACCAGCUAUUUCAAUCGCACCCGGUUCUACAAGGUAGUUGUGCCGCCAGCCCCAAAGAGGGAUCCCAGCAAGACUGCCAUUGACUUUGUGAAGCAGCCGCUAUGGGUAGUAACGUCUAUGGACCCUAGUUCCCACAGAUUCGUGGAGCAUAUGCGCACGCUGUUGAUGGUGCCUUAUGGCACGCAAAUGGUAUUGCAGGUAACUACAAAUGGGAUAUCCCUGGUAAAUUACAAAAGCGUCGCGAUUCCCCGGGUUGAUCAUUCGCUAAAUGAUAUAUGCAAGAUAGCUGGGAUAGCUGUUGGCAGUGGCGUUAUGCCUAUAUCUAUAGUCAGCUGCCACCUUUGCGAUUCUGGAGUGUUCAUAGGGUUGUCAAAUCACGUAUUCCUCAUCUUGGAUGUAUCCAACGGCGUGAAGAUAUUACACAAAAGUGUGCUCCCAAAACAAGUGUCUUCUACAGCAUACCUCAGCGGGGGUGAUUUCAAGACUAAAAGGCGAACGGGAUUAAUAGCCGUGUCAACAUGGGAGGAUACUGAAAUAUCCUUGAUAUCACCCGAGGGGCUCCAGAUGCUGCAUACGACAAAAGUACCCUGCGGAUAUGGUGUGGCAAUACGGGCAGUGCGCUUUGGUGUUGUCGGCGAUGUAGCACUGGUUUUUGCUGCACUCUCCGACGGUACCCUGUGCGUGUACCGCUUGAAGUUUGGCGACUGCGAUAAGGAUGGUUUGGGUACAAAUACCCAAUUGUCAAUGGUCAUGGAAAAUGUAAUCAAAGUGAGUAAUGGGCCCAUAGGGCUGGAUGCCAUAUCUAUGCACGCUUCAGUGCCCGGUUCUGGUGGGACUAACCUGCUUAAAAAUCGCAUAGUCACCACUGGUGAUAACCCAAUGCUUAUUUAUGCCAAUCGUGGUAAGCUUGAAUACGUACCCGUUAACGUACCGCGUAUUGAUACUGUCACAUCUUUCAACUUUGUGGAAAAGAACCCCCAAGGCGUGUCGCUGGUGUUUACAGACAAGAAGUCCAUCCAUAUAGGCCAUAUGGACACUGCUUUACAGCUACAUGUUGAGACUAUAUGUAGCGGCAGGUCGUUUGAGACCAUAUGCUACCAUGACGAAAGUGAUCUCGUGGUAGUAGGUUGCAACGGUGAGCUCAUUGCUGAUUGUGAUAUGCCGUCGAUUUCUGAUUCAUCGGUCACUCACAAUGACUCUAGUGUUUUCCGAUGCAUGGAUGUUGCUUCCUGUGGUACAAUCCCAGGUGUAUACGUUCUGAAGUCAUGUGUCAAGUUCAUCCACCUGGGUACUAAGGAGGUGGUGCAUACCCUGAAUAUGCCGCAGCGUCAUGUAAUCACCAGCAUGUGCACAGUUAAGUUCGAUGGCCCCAAGACGUUGAUAGCGCUAGGUUCAUCAUUAAUCCAGGAUAAAGAUGGAGUGCCUUCUCAGGGGUACAUAUUCCUGGUGGAUGUCAUAAAAAGCGAUGCCCACAAGUGGAAUGUGGUAUUCCUGAGAACUUUAAACUUCAUAGAUAAGGGGGUAACCCAAAUGACACCGUGCAUUAACCAGUUGGUUGUGGCAUUGAAUGAGACUGUGGCAGUACUCUCAUUGGUCCGUGGCGCGGAUCCAGAACCCAGUGAUACUUUGCGUAGCUACAAGAUGGAGGUGCUACACGAAUCAGAUGAAUCAUAUGGACAGUACACUUUAGUAACCCGUGCUGAGUACAAAUCGUGCUCGUAUGUAGUAUCGUUGGAUGCAUACCAGGAUGUUAUCGUUAUAGGUGAUUUGAUGAACUCGAUGCGUAUGCUACAGUGGCAGGGUACCGAGUUACGCGAGGUCUGCAAGGACUUUAACAGUGUAUAUUGCACCGCGGCAGCCGCAAUAGAUCAGACGUCCUGCGUUGUAGCAGAUAGCUCUGGCAACUUUUACGUCUUUGCUAAGCGGCAGGUAGUGACUAACGACGCCGAAGCUAUAAAAGCAGAGGACGUUGGGCUGUUCCACCAUGGAGAGCUUAUUAAUCGUAUACGCCGUAACCCUAAGGUGCAGUCCAGAGUGGCCCUGCUAAACGGUAACUCCGACCAUGACAUGCCAGAAUUCCCCAUGAAAACCUAUUGCAACAGGCCAUUUUGUUGCGUGCAGGGAGAUGUUUCAGCCGCUAUAUCGCACAGUUCCUGCAAUGACCUGGUACGUGGCCUAGCCAAACCAAACAAGUUCUGGAAGUAUGGUUUCAAGACUAUACUGACAUGCGUCACUACAUCAGGGUCACUGCUACAGCUGUGUAUAUUCGACGACACUAAGUUAUUCUGCAGAUUGGCGUUUGUUGAGGAGGGUAUAAACCGUAUACAACCUCAAGCUGGUAAUAUUUCAAACGAACAUUGGCGCUCGUUCAAGAAUCGCUGGAUGAUGUGCGCCGCUAAGGGGUUCAUUGAUGGCGACGCCAUCGAAAGUUACAACAGACUGGAUACCAGUCUGAAGUCAGAGGUAUACAACAUGGUAUCCAAGACUGAUGCCCAUGGGCUGUUCUACUCCCCAGAGCUGCUUUCCCUGGAGGUGGAGCACAUCCAAAGGCUGCGGCAAUGAUACUCCUCCAGGAAACAUUGCUAUGAUAGACAUCACGUAAGAUACAGCAUUGCUA